AUGAUUUCAAUGGGUGCAGGUUCUCCAUCGAACCGCUUACGACGCCAAUUGUAUGGUGGUUAUAAUGCAGCAGGAUUGCAACCACCGAUACAAAUAACGACUGGACCUCCUCUAUUGCAGUUUCCCGCAGGAAUUGCCGUACAUUCAAUUGGUCAGCCUCCGCACCUUAGCCUUGGAGGCAGUUCAUCAACCUUCCAUGGUUCUGCUGAGUGUGUAUGCAAAGAGGAGAACAAAUGUCCAGCGGGACCACAAGGGCCAGCUGGUGAUGUUGGACAGCCUGGUAAACCUGGGAUAAAGGGUAAACCUGGGAUUCCAGGAUUUGACGCGCCUGAUUUCAAAAAUGCCGGUUUAAAAGGAUGCUUUUACUGCCCUGUCGGACCCCAAGGAUCUCUUGGAAAGGCAGGCCAUCCAGGUAUAAGAGGUAUGCGGGGACCUAAAGGCAGCCCAGGAAUUCCUGGACGCGACGGGAUUCCUGGAAUUUCUGGAGAAAGUGGUCAGCCUGGGACACCAGGAGAAGACGGACAUACUGGAAUAACAGGAGAAAAAGGCGGUGAUUACGAAAAACCUAUAGGUCGGCCGCCAGGAGAACAAGGGCCGCAGGGCACAGUUGGAGACCCAGGUGAAGAUGCUCCACCUGGAAAACAAGGGCCCCCCGGACCACAAGGUUCUGCUGGAAUACAAGGAGCACCAGGCGGAGAAGGCGAAGAGGGCAAAGAUGGGCCUGUAGGUAGACAUGGAGCUGAUGCUGAAUAUUGGUAA